AGGCAAGGCAAGUGGUGAAGUGGUUUGGACAUUGCCCUCACGUGGAAAUCGAUCCCAAUGUGCAUUCAUUCCUUGUUGUCAACUCAGAAGAAGCACUCAUCAACAUCUUUCCAGCACUUCAGCCACUGUCCCAAACUGGGAGGUGGUCGCAACUUGAUCGACUUUCCUAUCUCAAUCCGCAGUACCCGUGAACAAGUAACAUCACCACUGCUCAACCAGCUCGUUAACAGACACCCCACACCACUCUCCUUCCCCAACCUCUACCACUCUUCUUUCAGCUGUUCCAUCUCGUCGAGAAUAUCCCUGAAACACUGUAUCGAAAGAAGCACAGCUAGAUUGUCUUGCGCAAUCUGCGCUGCUGAAGGGCGCAAUGGCCUUUCAAACUGCUUUGCUGCCUGAUCUCGUGGUGGCGACAGCAGAGACAUGGCCUACGAUCGCGAAUAUUCUAUUGGUACCAUGGAAGGGCUCCGUGUCAGCACCCCGCGAGGCACCCGCCGCCCGACCCCGCCAAGCGCAAACACCAGCAUCCCCACGUCUGAUCACGGCCGAACCCAGCUCGACCCUACCAGACUUCCUUCGCGACGCGCUGCCGAGCCUUCAAGCUGACCUUCCAACCAUCUCCCAGCAGCUGACAUCCUCUGACCUCCGAUCGACCAUCAUCCAGCUGCCCUCCUUCGCCCUCGCUGCAGCGGCUAACCCUCUCAUCCAGCGCUCGGCUUUCCGUCUUGCCGCGCACGGUCCCGCU